AUGUCUCUCAGCAGCAUAGUGCCAAAACCUGCAGAAUAUGGCGGCAGUGACAGUGCUACUGUGGAAGGCACGCCGGAGAUGUCUGAAACCCAUAGCAAGGCUGUGGUUGCCUACCCGGCUGCCGCCGCCCAAGUUAACUCACAAUCUUUCCUACAACUCACCAUGUACCCCAUAACUUUGAAGUUUGAGGAGGUGUUUUACAAAGUAAAAAUGGAGCAGAAAGGAGGAGGAGGAGUGUCGUGGUGGGGCACAAAUACUAGUAGUAGAGAAAAAAGUAUACUGAGUGGGAUAACAGGUACGGUCUGCCCAGGAGAGAUACUUGCGAUGCUAGGCCCAUCUGGGAGUGGGAAAACCACCCUUCUUACGGCUCUGGGAGGGCGCCUCAAUCAUCAGAAUAAUUGCAAGUUUAUGUCAGGAAAGAUCACGUACAAUGGUCAGCCAUUUUGCGGAAGCAUCAAACGAAGAACCGGGUUUGUUGCCCAGGACGACGUCUUAUACCCGCAUCUCACUGUAACCGAGACUCUGGUGUUCACGGCUCUGCUGAGGCUGCCGAAGAGCCUGAGCAGGGAUGAGAAAGUGCAGCACGUGGAGCACGUGAUCAGUGAGUUGGGAUUGAGUGGGUGCCGGAGCAGCAUGAUUGGGGGCCCACUGUUUAGAGGGAUAUCAGGUGGAGAGAAGAAAAGGGUGAGUAUAGGUCAAGAGAUGCUAAUCAACCCAAGCUUACUUUUGCUAGAUGAGCCCACCUCAGGCUUGGACUCCACUACAGCUCAGCGAAUCCUGACCAUACUCAAAAGGCUGGCCAGUGGGGGUCGAACCCUCGUCACCACCAUUCAUCAGCCCUCCAGCCGCAUCUACCACAUGUUUGAUAAGCUCGUCUUGCUUUCCGAGGGCUCCCCCAUUUAUUAUGGCCCUGCUUCCGCAGCCCUAGAUUAUUUUUCUUCCAUUGGUUUUUCCACGUCCUUGCCUAGUCUCAAUCCGGCAGAUCUUUUGCUAGAUCUUGCAAACGGAAUCGCCCCUGAUUCAAAACAUGCAUCUGAGCAACGCGAGAACAUGGAACAGGAUCAGAAGACCGUGAGAAAAGCUCUCAUUUCCGCCUACGAAAAGAAUAUUUGCGCAAAGUUGAAAGCUGAGCUGUGUGCUGGUUUGGAGGUCAACAGCUACAAUAAUUACAUGAAAGAUGCUUCUGCAAGACAAGGUACAGAGCAACAUUGGUGCACAAGCUGGUGGCAGCAGUUCAAGGUGCUGCUUCAGAGGGGGCUGAGGGAGCGAAGGUAUGAAGCAUUCAACAGGCUAAGAAUUUUCCAAGUAAUAAGUGUGGCCACGCUUGGUGGACUCCUUUGGUGGCGCACACCCACGUCUCACAUUGAAGACCGUAUUGCUUUGCUCUUCUUCUUCUCCGUGUUCUGGGGGUUCUACCCACUUUACAAUGCAGUUUUCACAUUUCCCCAGGAAAGAAGAAUGCUGAUAAAAGAGCGGUCAUCAGGAAUGUACAAGCUUUCGUCCUACUUCCUAGCAAGAACAGUUGGAGACCUGCCACUGGAGCUGGCACUCCCAACAGCAUUUGUGGUAAUAAUUUAUUGGAUGGGAGGGCUUAAACCUGAUCCCUUCACUUUCAUCCUCUCCCUACUGGUGGUUCUUUACAACGUCCUUGUGUCCCAGAGUCUUGGCUUAGCCAUUGGAGCCAUUCUGAUGGACAUAAAGCAAGCCACUACUUUGGCAUCUGUUACAACACUUGUUUUCCUCAUCGCCGGCGGCUACUAUAUUCAACAGAUUCCUGCCUUCAUUAUCUGGUUAAAGUACUUGAGCUAUAGCUACUACUGUUACAAGCUUCUUCUUGGGGUUCAGUACGACGAGGAUGAUUAUUAUGAGUGCUCCAAAGGAGUCCUCUGCCGUGUUGGAGAUUUGCCUGCCAUCAAAUCAAUGGGUGGCCUCAACCACUUGUGGAUAGAUGUCUCCAUUCUAGCCUUAAUGCUACUGGGUUACCGCCUUCUUGCUUAUCUUGCACUCCAUCGAGUGCGCUUGAGGUAA